AUGACUUCAACGAAAACUGAUCCAAUUGACGAUAUAGACAUUAAUGUCAAAAACUUGGAUACCAAUUAUCAUCAACCAAUUUCCUCGGUAGAAACUUCUGUAAUUUCAACUCUUUCUCCAAUUAAUACUUCUCCUC